AUGUGGGAGUUCCGGUCCAUGUCCUUCUGGCGGGCAGUGUUUGCCGAGUUUUAUGGCACCAUGUUUUUUGUGUUUUUUGGCCUGGGUGCAGCCCUGCGUUGGACCACAGGGCCACAUAAUGUUCUCCAUGUUGCCUUUUGCUUUGGGCUGGCGGCUGCCACCCUCAUCCAGUCCAUCGGCCACAUCAGUGGAGGACACAUCAACCCGGCUGUCACCUUUGCCUACCUGAUCGGCUCCCAGAUGUCCCUGUUCCGUGCUUUCUUCUACAUAAUGGCACAGUGUCUUGGAGCUCUGGCUGGUGCUGCUGUGCUCUAUGGAGUGACUCCCAACAACAUGAGGGGAAACCUGGCACUCAACACGCUGCAGCCAGGAAUCAGCCUUGGCAUGGCCACAACCAUGGAGGUCUUCCUCACUAUGCAGCUUGUCGUCUGCAUCUUUGCUGUGACAGAUGAGAGGCGCAAUGGACGUUUGGGCUCCUCAGCCUUGGCCAUUGGCUUCUCUGUGCUCAUGGGACAUCUUCUUGGGAUGUACUACACUGGAGCAGGAAUGAACCCAGCAAGGUCCUUUGCCCCCGCAGUUCUGGUCAGGAAUUUUAUCAACCACUGGGUGUACUGGGUGGGACCCAUGAUUGGCGGUGCCAUGGGUGCUCUGUUUUACGACUUCAUACUGUUCCCACGUAUGCGCGGCCUCUCCGAGAGGCUCGCCACACUGAAGGGCGCCCGGCCCCCAGAGGCAGAGGGCCAGCAGGAGACCAGGGGAGAGCCCAUCGAGCUGAAGACACAGGCCCUAUAA